ACUCUUCCCAAGGUACUUCUGAGCGACAACACCUGCGGGUGCUUGGUUCUCAGAGCAACAGCAAACCCAGCUCCGCGUGGGGGCAACGGGUGUGAUCCCCGUAGGGUUUCUGCAGAAGCAUCGGAUGGAGGGCUGGAUCAGGGAGGUAAAACUUGAGCUGCGGGCCUUGAAGUGUUACCGAAGGGUAAAGAGGCCGGUCUGCUGCCUCCUUCGGGGUGCCCCAGAGGUAAAGCUUUUUCUCUCCAUCUCAGCUACGACCCUCCCCUCUCCAGAUCCCUCCCUUCUCUCUGCUCCGCCUGUCCAUCUGCCUCCCUCCACUUUUCCCCUCCUCUCCACCCGCUCCCAUCUACUCCCUCCCUCGCUGCCCCACCUUCUCUCGAAGAACCCAGAAAGGAUCGCUGGCCCUCCUGCGCAUGCGCAGUCGGUGCCAGCUGAUCCGCUGGUUGGAAGCUCCAUCUCCGAGCCGGGGAUCGGCCCCAAAGGCUUCUCAGCUCUGUCGCCCGUGUUUCUGCCCCAGGCUGGGAUGCUGCAGGACUCCCUGGUCCAUCACCAUUAUGUCUUGGAGCUGCUCCAGUCAGUGAAUGACUUUCUGUGGCUUGGAGGCGCCCUCACCUCCUGUGGCAUCCAUCCAGACACCAGCACUGACACUGGCUGUGCUCAGACCUGCCUCAGCCCUGAAGACACCGCUGACAAAUUGAAGGGGGCCACGCCCUGCGACAGCAGGUGCUCUCACUUUGUGGGUCCUUAUGUAACUGCGCGUCCUUAUUCAGGAUCGCCCGUUCUACAUUGUGUGGUGCUGCUACCGUGUCUCCUAGUUUCUUGUUUCUGUCAGUACUCGUGUAUUUUCUCCAAUGUGUGGUACUAGACAUCUAAAAAUGCUUCUUUCAGAUGAAAAAUAAUGUGUGUUUAAUAUAAUAAGUCUGAAAAAAGGGGCAAAAGAGGCUAUCCUGGUCCCACUACU